ACACCACCUUCCCCAUUAACUUAACCAAUAAUUAAUACCUUGUAAAAAAAAAAAAAAAAUACUUCAAGAGCAUUCUCUGUUCCUGCAAAUCAAGGUGAUAACAAUGGCGGCAGAGCAAACUGAUGCUGCUGAGAAGGACAACAUUUCGCAACAGCAGGCGGAGUUCAUCCAGAGAAUGAAAGACGAGGCAAAACAUACACUAGAGACGCUGGACGUGAACUUCGAUACGGUGGCGGGGCUCCGGUCGCCGCCGGAGAACCCGAGGUUUCUGGUGGAGAUCAUCGACACUUUCGUGGCUCACUCUGCAACUGUUGUCGCACGGUUGGAGUCUGAAAUCAAUCAGCCGAUUCCUUUCUACGAUGAUGCAGUCAGGGAUCUUCUCCAACUCAAAGGCAGCUCUUCCAGCAUGGGAGGCGGAAGAGUGGCGGCUGCUUGCCUCGAGUUGCGACGUGCUUGCGAUGACUCGGAUAAACAGAGGUGCUUGGAAUCCUUGAAGAAGGUGAAGGACGAGUACCAGACUUUGAGGGACACCCUCAUCGAGAUCAGUAGGAUGGAGAAGAUUAUCCUCGACAAAAAUGUCACGCUGGCUUCAUCAUCAUCAGCAUUGAACUGACAAGAGCUCGUUAGAAACUGCUAUGUGAAAUUGUGAACCCUCUUCUUCAUUAAUGUUGGGAUCCUCUGUUUUUAUGAUUAGAAGUUGUGUUUGGCCUUUUUGGGUCUCAGUGAAAUUACUGUGUUGAAUGGUACGGUAUGGAACUGUUGCCUAAACUACAACACAAACCACAAAGCAAUUAAACAGAAAUAAAACAGGAUACUGGAU